GAGGACACUUAGAGAUCCUUGUGUCGUCAUGGACACUCCACUCCCUGCAUUACGAAAACGUGUAAUUGCACCGAAUUGUCUUAACUUUCAGGUUUAACAAGUCUGUGUGGCUCUCCUUGAAGGAAAGGGAGUGUACUUAGGCAUAUUUAGUGCGUGUUUCAUACCAUAACAUCUAGCCUUGAAUAGAAGCCCUGGAUACCUCAGUCUAGGUUUGCGACUUCUGCUGUAAGUUUCACAAUCUAUCUACGGCAGCCCACUAUUACACAGACUACAAUGACAUCAUUCGUGAUUCAACAGCCUGCUCCGGUUAUGGACUCAAGAGUGUCUGAUCAGUGGGGUUCAGGAAUUUGUGACUGCUGUGAGGAUGUGUCCCAAUGUUGCUUUGGAUUUUGGUGUUGUCCCUGCUUCGCCUGUAUUACCACACGUGACUAUGGGCAGGCCCUGUGUCUCCCCUUGUUGGACGCUUUUUGCAUCAUCCCACCGAUCAAUCUCGCCAUGAGAGUCUCCAUGCGUCAUCGCUAUGGCAUCACAGACACCAUCUGUCAUGACUGUGUGUACGCAUCGUGUUGCACGGGGUGCUCCUGGUGCCAAAUGGCUAAAGAAAUGAAGAGAAGAGCCAUCCCCAUCACCCUCAUCAGUUCCACACCUAGACACCUAGACACACACCUAUAGCAACACCUGCGAUCUCCUUUUUCGGUCUCACCUCUGCGAGUUCCCACCAGCCAUCACCAUCAACACAGUUGCUGUUGUCACACUGACAUAAUUUUCAUCAUGGUCAUUGAGCUAUGUUUCCUGAUAUUUCCUUGACAUUGUUUCUGUGUCACUUAUAGGCUUACAGCUCUAUGUAUGUGUGUGUUUUUAUCUGAAAUAAAGUAAAAAGAAAAUAGAGUAUCCAGAUACCAGUCUACUUGAGCAGUCAAUGUUGGAUCCAUUAAGUAAUUGCAUAAUUUAUUUUUUAUGAUCUCAACAUUGUUUAAAUCAAUAUCAAUAUAUAUUUCUUAUGUGUCUUAUGUGUGUUGCUCUGGAUGAACAGUUCUUAAUUUAUUAUUUUCCCCCGUGUAGCCCAAAUUACUACACCCAUUUGCUGACAUUUGAAGGUUGUAAGAUGCAAGUUGACUUAUUGGUGUAGUCUAUAACUAUCUCUUUUCUAUAUUAUAGAGAAAUGGGGACAUUGAUUGAUUUUGCAUGAAUAAUUAAAAUGCUGAAAAGCUCUUUAGAAACAUGA